AUGUCGCUCAUAGAUGACAUAUGCGUCGCCGCAGCUGUUUCAGCGUAUGUUGCAUUGAUUCCUCCUGUGCUACUGUGCAUCAGUACACUCACCAUCGACGUGCCAACUACUUCGAACGAUGCAGCUCGCAAAGUGAUGAAGCGCCCCAAGACGAAGGCCAAGAGCAAAGCAAAAUGUCAGCCGCGGCCGAAGCAGAUGAUCAAGACGAAAUGUAAACCAACAGUGGGCGAGCACUCGGACGGCCAUGGUACCCCGUGCAGCGCCGCGUCCUCCACUCAGCCGGACCCGGCCCAGAAGACGCUGGAGUGCUUGCCGACGGUGGUGCGCACGCCGAGGCCUCAGCACCCGACUGCAGCGAAGUCUGGCUCACAGCCGCCGCAGACGCCAGAGUCGGGGGUCAAGGUCCAGAAGCAGGUCAAGUUGUUCCGCUUCGCCAAGCAGCUGGCCACGCCCCCGAGGAGGAUCCGCGGCAGCAUCGCCAGUCCAGGCGCCAGGCAGCACAGCCCAGCGGCGAAGAGCGUCGGCACGCCAGACAGCCUGUCGCCGACGGUGCCGAUGGAGGGCGACAUCCAGCUGAUGAGCCCGGCCCCUAGCCACUCAGCGGGGCAGCGGGAGAGUCCGCUGGGACCUCUGGCGGGAGACGCUCUCUCCUCGGCAGGCGCUGCUUUGGGCGAGAACGUUGAGAGCUGCGCCCCAGUCGCCAAGGUCGUGACCGACGGCGACAUGCCCAGCCCGUCCCCGCGUCGGCUGGCCGCGGCGCUGUCGGACCCCUGCAUGCGAGCGGCGCUGGGGGUCGCCGGCCCCAGCGACUUGCCAGAGGACCCAGGCGCGCCGACGCGCCCGAUUGCAGGGGCGAGCAUCGAGCGGUCAGAGCACCCGCAGUCCCCGUGGCGGAGCCCUAGCUUGCUGGUGGAUGAUCAGCCGACCUCGCCACCGCAGCCACAGCCUUCGCCAGCGCCGCCAGCGCGCUGGCAAUGGCGUCGGCCGCUGGAGCGGGGCAGCCUCUGGCAAGGCAAGCGGGCGGUCCGGGACUUUUGGGAGGCACUCGAUUGGGCGGAUCACGCCCUGGAUCAGUUGGCCAUCGAGCACGAGGUGCAGUGUGAGUCCGAAGACGGACAGAUGCUGCAGGACCUGUCGGACAGGUUCGGCAACGAUACUGCGUCAUGUGCGUUUUCGGGCAUCGACGCGCCGGGCGUGGGCAUCAACGAAUUGUCGUGGGCGCUUGGGCGCAAGCUGAAGGACAUCAAUGGCCCGGCUACUAUGGCGACCGCCGUGAAGCCGCGCAUGCUUCGCCACACUGAGUGGUAUUGGGAGAGCCAGCAAGAGUUAUUGCGGAUGCCAGAUUGUGAUUCUUGCGUUUUCGGUGAUAUCGAAUCUUUCUUCAAACCAGAGCUCGCGGAUUUGCUGGAAUACCUCAAGACGCACCCUGAGAGCACAGUUCCUCUGCUUGGCCCCUUGGUGAUGACGGGCCUCACUGUGAAGACCUGCGGCGCAUGCCUGCGCCACGGCGGCACCUGCCCCGCGAACUCUGCCAAGGUGCACUUCGCGGGCACCCCUUGCCCAGAUUGGAGCUCGUGCGGUCAACGUAAAGGAGCCGGGGGACGCACGAUGGUGCACUUCGUGGCCUGGGUUGCGCUCAGGAGGGCUUUGCAGGAGCCGAUCGUGAUCCAAGAAAACGUGAAAGGAUUUCCCACGGACUUGACGUGUGAAUACUUGGGCGACACCUACGACAUCACCUCAGUGAUCUUGGACUCGGAAUCGUAUGGGUUUCCUGUUGCACGCACUCGUAAAUGGACACUCUUAUUGCACAAAACAAAGGUGUUGUCUUGCGACACGCAGUUUGGUGAUUUCAUGCGCAGGUUCCAGCGCGCCACUAUGUUCACGUGGCAGCACUUCUUCACCGCCAGCCCAGAGGAGGUCAGAGAUGAACUAGUCGCUGCGGCACGGCGCAGGACGUCCAGAGCAACCCUUCGCGGCCUGAAGGCUGAGGGCCUUGAUCCUGCGUGCCCUGCGUCCUUCGAGCUGGCCCUGACGGAGUGGGAGUUUGACAACAUGAAGAGCUAUCGCGAGGCACACCCGAACUGCAUGUACAGCCUCUACCAGUCCCACGCUGCGGGCUUCGGCGCGUUUAGCACGCCGAAGGUGAUGCAGACGCUGAUCAAGAAUACCGGCAUGUACUGGGGGGACCGCAGCUCGGUCAAGAAGCCAAUCAGGUGGCUCACAUCCACUGAAUGCUUGGGCACGCAAGGGUUUCCAGUUCUUCGCCGGGCCGGGGAUCCGAUAACAUCUAGCUUCCAAGUCGGUCGCGCCCGCAAGUCGGCCGUUGUCGCCGGGCAGGCCGGCAACGCCAUGUGCGUCACUAUCCCUGGUCUCGUCUACCUGUGCUCUACGAGCUGUGUGCGCAGGAUGGGCCAGGCGUUGAUCUCCAUUGCGAGGAACGUCAGCUAUGCUUGGGAAGUUCUUGCCCGCUGGCCACGCCGUUCGCAUGAAGAGGAUCUACAACACACGCGCGAGGGGCAACGAGGAGAGGGAGAAUUCGGAGCGCCUUGA